AUGAUUGCACUUGAUAGCUCUGGAAUACUUUUAGGUGUCGCCUUAUUGGAUGUAUGGCAGCGUGCCGACGUUCCCCAUCGACGCCGACGUGUUGAGUUCCAACUUUACAAUCCAAUGAAAAGUGGCCUUGAUAGAUCCUCUGUGAUGGAUGCAAAUCCAAGCUUAAAUCCUUCACUCGCACAUAAUAGUGCUGGUCAGGAUUCAGAAGCCAGUCGAGAGGAGCAGGUCAGAGAAGUGCUGGAUGGGAUUUUGGACUGGGUGGUAUUAAAAGCUGAUCCCAAAAUGGCCAAUAUCUUCGCGCCUCGUAGUGGUGGAAAACACACUGACCCCAUUCUUGGUCGGGUGCAUUUCGCGGACGCCUUCCUUCUUAAGCCCAAUGGAAGACGGGAUUGUCUCCUACUUGUGGCUAACCGUCUUACAUGUCACCCACCCUUACCCCUAGAUACUUCGUUGGGUGGUCUCAACUUUCGUGUAUAUGCAUUAAUAAACGAAUCGCGAUUUAUCUUCGCCAAGCAUGGUGUGCAAGAGGGCAUCCCAAUUCGCCUAGAAAAUGUCCACACUGCUGAUCCAGAUGACCUGCUUGAGGACAAGUCUCUUUUAGUUGUGCCAGAUCUCCUAUUUGAUACGCUUCGAAAAGUCAUGUUGCGGGAGCUGGUAACUUCGAGUAGUCCUGCAGCUGCCGCAGCCGUCGUCGCCACUCACCUGUCGGACCCAGGAGCCGUGGGCGGCCCAACACCCUACAGUAUGGUGCAUUGCACCAAGUUUGUCAUACUUGAUCGCCGUACACGCACUCCUUUGGCAAUCGCAUUCGACUCACCAGUGCGUCUAGCUCUGCAGAUUCCUUCUGAUAGUACUCCUAUGCCAGUGCCCUGGAGUGAAUCUGGAGCGAAUGAUUCGAUGGCCACACGGUUCGAUCGAAUCACGGCUGGUGAGCUUAAGGCCAGAGAGGUGGCUUUCCGAGCCACCACUGCUGAAUAUCGGCUAGUCGGCAUUAAUGGGCUUCUCUACGCUCUGCAGAUAGAUGACCAGAGAGUUGUUCGCAAAGCAAUGGAGUUACUUCCUGCCAGGCACGAAACGAUCUUUCCCAGCAUGCACCAGUCUUCUAUGUGUGCCCUCUCAGCUACUGCCGACCCAAGGGCUGUCGAAGCAACUGUUCGCAUCGUCAACGAAGAGUCGAACAGCUCCACUGUUUUCCCGGUAAGUUUUGUCGGCAAAUCAGGUGGAUUUAAAAAUCUACGAAUUGCGUUCAGGUGA